GGCGAUCACGUGGAUGCAAACUCUUAGCCCAUGCCCCGGGGUUGGCUCAGCGGCUGUUUUAUUUAUUGGGCUGUGUGGCUCCGUGCCGGGAAUUUCGGGUUCCUGCUGGUUUUGUUCUCGCUGGGGAGCCCUUCGGAAAACUUGGGGGGGGGGAAAGGCGAAGAGGAGCCCCUGGUUUAGAACAAAGUUUUGACUGAUCAUCUUUCAACAGUUCCUCGACUAAAUACAAUCAGCAAGUUUGUGUGUACAAAGUAAGUCUGCAUUACCCUGGGUUGGCUUUACAUGCUGCUUGGAAGAUGACGCCAAAACACGAAAAACAGGAAUUUGUCACAGUCUUGGUGCGAGACCCCAGGAUAAAAAAGGAAGACUCUUGGCAUUCACACAUAGACUAUGAGAUCUUCAUUCACACAAAUAGCAUGUGUUUUACAAGGAAAACAUCUUGCGUCCGACGGCGCUUUCGAGAAUUUGUGUGGCUUCGUCAGAGACUUCAAAGUAAUGCAGUGCUAAUACAAUUGCCAGAACUUCCACCCAGAACUCCCUUUUUUAGCACAAAUAAUCCCCAGCAUGUGGACCAGCGUCGGGAAGGCUUGCAACAGUUUCUCCAGCAGAUUCUCCAAAAUCCAGUACUACUUUCAGACAGUAGACUUCACCUCUUCGUACAAACCCAGCUGAGUCCAGAAGACAUUGAGGCAUGUGUAUCUGGGCACACGAAAUAUUCUGUUGCUGAAGCGAUCCACGAGUUUGCCACUUUGAAACGACGGUUUCCUGUAGAACAUAAAGAGAGGAAAAAAGAGGAAAAUUAUGUGGAUUCAGAUUCUGAGAGUUCAUCCUCAGGGCUUGGACACAGCAGUGAUGAUAACAUUUCACACGGAUGUAAAGGAAGCACAAGCGCGGUUCCUGAAGAACCCUGAAAUAUCAUUUCUGUCUUGCCAUUAUUGAAAUGACAGAUACAGCUUCUAUCUAGGUUGAAAUUUACAUGUGACAUAGAUGGACCAUCCACCCAAUUGCCAAGGCAUGCCUUUUCUCAAUUUUCAAAACAGUUUCAUUCAUUUUACCAUGGAUGUAUUUAUAGCCUUUGCUAUAUUGAAUGAUACAAAUACUGCCUGUACCACAGCUCCUAAAUAAAUGUGAUUUCUUGAUGUGA